CCUGGCCUCCGGCGCACUGGUGCCGGUCCUUGCCCCUCCCCGAGCCUGGCGUCCGGUCUCCUAGCAACAACGCCAGACUCCCGGGAGCUGCCCGUUUCUCGCCGCUCCUGCGAGACUCCUCGGUUUCUAAGAGAAAAGCUCCCCCACACCCCUCGAACUCCAGACCCUAGACUUGCUUUGUCUCUGACCUCACCCUCAACAAUUUGCUCUGAAUCAACUUCUUUGCCGUGGCUCCCGAGAUGAGCUUCUCUCCUCUGCCAUUCUGAGUUCCAACGUCCAAACUGCUCGACUCCUUUUUGUUCCUCUCCCACCUCUGGCCAGCAGCUUUUAAUUUUAGAUCAUGCCUGGAGCUACGCUUGCCCAGAGCCCGGAGAAAGGGGGCGUCUGCAUCACUGAAGCCCUUAUCACUAAGCGGAACUUGACCUUCCCGGAGGAUGAGGAUCUGUCAGAAAAGAUGUUCCACACUCUCGCUGAGCUGCAGACCGUUCGCCUGGACCGGGAGGGGAUUACAACUAUCACGAACUUAGAGGGCCUCCACAAUAUUCAUAGCCUCUAUCUGCAAGCGAAUAAGAUCCAGCGAAUUGAGAACCUGGCUUGCAUCCCCUCCUUGCGCUUCCUGUCUCUGGCAGGAAACCGAAUCAGUCAGGUGGAAAACCUCCUGGACCUCCCAUACCUGCAGUUCCUGGACCUUUCUGAGAAUCUGAUAGAAACACUGAAGCUGGACGAGUUCCCCCAGAGCCUUCUCAUCCUCAACCUUACCGGGAAUGGCUGCACCAAGCAGGAUGGCUACAGGGGGCUGGUGACGCAGGCCCUGUCACUGCUCCUGGACUUGGACGGGCAGCCUGUGUUGGAGCGCUGGACCUCAGAUGAUGAAGAUAACGCCUCGAGUGAUGAGGAUGAGGAGUUCCCAGAGCUGAGUGGCCCAUUCUGCUCAGAACAAGGCUUCCUCAAGGAGCUAGAGCAGGAGCUGAGCAGGCAGAAGGAGCUCAGACAGCAGACGGCCUUGACAGAACACCUUCUGAGGAUGGAGACACAGCCUGCUCUCACUGACCUGCCCCCAUUGCCUGGGGUGCCCAUGGCUGGGGAUAGCAGCCCCUCUGUCCCUCCUGAGCAAGGCAAAGAGGCCCCACCCGAGGCUACCUCCUCACCCCAGGCCUCCUCUCUCACCAAGAAACCCUGUACUCUGGUCCCCUGGGGCCAGGAAAGUGCUGUCCAGACAGGGAAGGGAGCCCCAGCAGCCACAGUCCCCAAAGUCUCCCCAGUGGGGGUCCCCAACACAACCAAAACAAUGACCAAAAGAACCAGGAAGUGAAGUGCAGCCUGUCGCUGACAGUGGAGGGCAGGGCAGCCUCCCUGUCAUCUGCGAGUGAGGAUGAGCAGGAACUCACCCCAAUAAAGUGUCUUGAGGCCCCUAAUGUGUCUGUGGUCGCAGCUCAGUUAAAGUGCCAGGAAACA